GGGGGCGUGUCCCGGACUAAGCCGAUACUCCACAGUCGAAUGGAAAUAGCCGUAUUCCUGGCCAAACUCGUUAAAUUUAAAUGCAUGGAUCAACAAUCACAAUCCACGUACUGAGGAUAAUUCUAUCAGACAUGAAACCGACAUCAUUAAUUCUUAAUUAGACACACCAAAAGAAGGACCAAGACUUGCUACAUUAUUGAAAGAAAGGAACCAACAUUACAGUCGCUUAUUGCAGAGUUUUUCCCGUGUUUUUUAAAUUUUUUGUUGUUGUAAAAAAUAUAAUGUGACAUCUGUACGUUGGAAAACCGUUUAUUUUAUUAUAUGUUAAUGACAAUGACUUCAGAGGUACAGAAGCCACUGUCGGAGUCUCCGAGACUUCGGGGAGAUUUCCCAGAGGAAGAGGAGGAAGAGGAAAUAGAUGUGGUUGACGGAACAGACUCCAUCGUAGGGUCCGCGGAAACUCCAGAAUCUCCAACUGGUGAGGAUGAAGAAGAUGACGAAAGCGACGAGGUUUCGGCGGCAAAGAAACAGCGCCGGAACCGCACCACUUUUACCUCGGACCAGCUCCGGGAGCUGGAGGCGGUGUUCCAGCACACCCACUAUCCGGACUGUACGCUCCGGGAACAGAUCGCGGAGAAAGUGGACCUCACGGAGGCCAGAGUACAGGUUUGGUUCCAGAACAGAAGAGCAAAAUGGCGGAAGCAAGAGAAGAACAUCGUCCGGAUGUUUGACGUGUUCCGCCACCGCAUCGAGCCAUUUCCCAUCAUGCCUCACCCCCUGUCCUACAGUCCUUCCGCCUUCUCGUCCGUCCGUCCAUCCCUGUUUCCAUGGUUACCCCGAUUUCCAAUCAGCAUUCCUCCGAUGUUCCCGAUGCCUCCUCUUUUACCGGACAUGAGACCAUCGUACAAAAGCGAGGCAGCCAUUGGACAGCUUGGUAAACACGCAAGCGAGUCAAUGAAGUACUACGACUCGUACGCAAGAGACUACCUACAGAGAUUCACGUCCGAGAGUCGGGACAGGUACGAGAGGGAGGUCAAAGGUCGAGUCAGAUUGAAGUACUUUGCGUACAAGGCCAAAGCGCCAUCUCGUGGUAUAAAUAAGUCUUAUGACAAGUCAUGUGAUCAAAACAUGGCCGGUGUCAGAAAAAAUGGUGUUGGAAUUUUCUUUAUAUAUGACCACACCAUGCUACAGAAGGAAGAAGACGACUUGAAGGACGCAAUUCUCUACUUCUAUCCACCAUUUGUGGAGGAAAACGACCAAUGUGCCAUGUGUGGUCAGUUAAUGGGGAUGUCGGAGUAUCUGUCCUCCACUCUCAGCCAAUCGCCACCCUGUAUCUUCUCCCUAAAAAAUGGAAAGUACUGUCUGAAAAGGAUAGGUGACUACAGUAUGGGACUUGAAGGAAAUGCGGGAGACUCCAAUGAACAAUUAAAAAGGCAGCUGGAUUUUUUGUACAAUUCCUUUGUCAUGUAUUGUGGUAGCAUCAUGAAUAUCAGAAAUCAAUAUGCUGGAGAUCACCAGGGAUUUUUACGAGAACUUCGAGGUAUCUGGGACAUACUGUAUCCAUGUGGCUCUUGGCAUGACAGCUUUCUCACUCAAGCAUUCCAAAUACAACCUACUCUAAACAUUCCAAAGGGUAAAGGGGAGGUCUUUCUACAAGCGUCCAACAUUUUACAGUCCAGCCAGAGGCGACCGGGGGUUCUAGUGGGACUGAUCAUGUAUAAAAACAGAGUUUUGUGUACUCAAGCAUCACCUCAGCUCAGCAGAAAACUUAUCCUUGUUACACCACAGCUUCCUUGCUUAUCAGUUGACAUAGGGGCAGAUCUUCCAGUUGGAAUCAGACUGGUAACCAUUUACCUGAGUAAUGAGGAAUACUCUACGCUAGGAGUCAAGCGGUACACUGGAAACAAGCACUGUAAAACCUCCAAAUUUGUUUGGAUGACACAUGGUUCUGAAAAUCAUGCCUCCACCACAGCUCAAAGCAGGGGAGAUAACGCAAAACGUAAGGAAAUGGAGAUCAUACAUGAGAAAACAGAAUCAGCGUCAGUAGGAGAGAAGGACAAAGGUUAUCUUUCUGAUGCAUCUGUGGAGUCAAGGAAAGGUAGGAAUAAUGUGAGAAGGAGUAGUAAUUUGUGGACACCCGCUGACCACCCUACACAAAUCACGCAGGGGUUCGAAUCUCUACCGCAGCAGCAAAGUGUGGAGGGUAAUACAGACCAGGAUGUGUCCAUUAGUGAUCUCGAAAACGACAAUCCUAGCCAACUAAGACGGAGGGGGGAAAGAAGUGUAGAACCAAAGAGGGAUCGAGUAAUGAAUGAAAAUAAUGUUAAUUCUAGCAAAUUAUCUUGUGAAAGUGUAAAUACAAAGUGUGUGACACGAAACAGUGUGAGUUCUGAGGUGUCUGUGUUGUCUUAUGUCCCCCAGACGCUCCACUCUAAGGAGAUGAAUGAUGUACAGGAGAGCAAGCAAAUGGGCAACACUGAGAAUAGUUCCAACAUUGAAAUAAAAAUAGAGGAAACUGUUGAAGAAAAUGCUGAGAAUUUAGAAGGAAACCCUCCAGAUGUGACGUUGAUACAUUCCAGGGAGGGCCUGUCUCUGCCAAGGACUCCUGAGAUUUUGUCGGACAUCGAAACUGUGGACACCGGACUCUCCGGCUCAGAAUCUCCUGAGACCCAAACAGCUGUAGGAUCAAACACAUCAUCUGCAGACCAACUGAAAGAGAGGUUAGACUUCCCAGUGGGUGUGUCCUCGGGCGUGGGGAUGUCUGGGGAUGAAAUGAGUGACUUUACGGAGGAGUGUGUUCCGCCAAGCUCAGUGAACAGCAGUAUUCGGAGCUCCAAAUACUCAUCCUUCAAGUCGAGUAAGUUUGACUCGCUGACCAGCGAGAGCACGGUACAGGAAGAGGACAUGUGGUACCCGGAAAUGGACGACCUUCAGGACGCCAUUCUGUAUGUUCAAGGUCACUCAGAGAUCUCACUUCUUCUGUUGAUGGAAAGUUCAAGUGUUCCUGACCAAAAAACAAUUCAGAGUUUGUGGAAAAAUGCCCUUCCACAAUUGGCUGAUUUAGACAGUUCCUUGAGAGAUAUCCUUGAUGAAGAUCCAGUUGAGAGUUCGUUGAGUGCAUCUUCAUACCUAAAGUAUGACAACUUCUUUAACAGUCUCUCAGGGAAUGUUUUGAGUCCAGUGACCAGUGAGGAAGAGAACUUCCAGAAGCUGGCCAGCUCCAUCCAUCGGUCGUUCCAAGAGAACCCCAACAUCACUGAUGUCCUGUUCCAGUCACAAACAGCCUACUGCCUGGGUCACAAGAAUGACAGUGAGGAAAUCUUUGUCAUGUCUCAGGACGUCGACUCCAGGGGACUCAAGCCGAGCACCCCAAACUCAGCUGACCUGAGCCUGAUGUCGAGUCUGACCAAGAGUAACGAAGUCAUGCUAUGAUAGCACCUUCUCAUCUCUUCCAUUUUAAAAUCAGGAUUAAUUAAGGCUAAGCUGAGGUCGUAAUUGGUUUUAUGAUAGGUGACAACUUUCCGUUUUAACCUUGCUAUAAACAUGCAAUAUUUUUUAUGUGCUGUUUAUUAUAUAUUUAUUCAGUGUUACAGUGUUAUAUAAAUUUGCAAGAGGGGCAUAAUAGUUAAACAUAUCACCUUUCUCUUAAAAUUCCAUUUUCUAUUUGAUCAAUAUGAAGUCAAUACAUGUAUAUGGACAUGUUAGAGAUUUGGAUAUAUCCUGUUUUGUAUGUAUACCACCUUGUCUAUUUAUUUGUUGAAACUGUUAAAUGGAGCUAUGAGUUUUACUUUUAUCUGUGUGUACAUGUAUGUAUUUAAAGUGUCAUUAUUUAUUGUCAUGCAUAUUUGUGCCAAACUUUGCUAUAGAUGGUGCUAAGUUGUUGAAAAUGUUGGUAUGUGAUAGUAUAAAUAUUGAUACAAGUGUCAAAAAAAAGUUGCUCCUUUUUGCUUUCAUACAGAUGUACAGUACAUAGAAUCGACCACCUUGUCGCAGCCAGUAAUAAGUACAAAUAUAUCAGUCCAGGCCUUACCAGUCUACAGUACAGUAUCCAUAUAGGGCAUUCUGAUUAGUCGACUGGGUGUACCUUUACCUGUUAACAAGGCCAGGUUUAAUGUUUAAUUGUAACAAACAUAUUGGGGAUUUUCCACUUAGAGUUAUCUGCCCCUUAACUGGUGAGGUAAUUAUUUUGGUUUUUAUUGUUGGAAAUCAUAAUUUCACAUUUUCUAGGUAAUGUUUAAUAUGCAUAUUUUGAGAUUUCUUCUUCUGAAAAAAAACAUGCUGUAAUCAAAAUAUUCUGAUGGAAAAUUGCAUUUUUCCCGCAGUUUUUAAAUAAUACCUGUAUUCAAUUUGAAUUCAUUAUUAUAUGUGUAUAUGUGUACAUGUAUAUUCUUUAUUUAUUUUUUUUUCAUGCAAAGAGGGCCAAACUGAAUGUUUAAAAUUUAUAAAUUGUUUGAGUGAGCUUUAUUUAUAAACAGAAUGCUAUGAAAAUAUGCAUCAUUUUGUUCAUUAUAUAAGGUACUUAUUU